AUGGGAACAGAUAAUUGCAGAAAGCAUCUGUCUUCCUUAGCAGAACACCUUACUAAAUUUGAACAAGCACCCAAAGAAAUAAAAGGCUGGCGCCCUAACGCCUGGUUCCUUGUAGGAGAAGAUAUUUUUAUGGAAUUGUUUGAAACUGGGCGCAGCAUUAAUUGGCAAUACUCAGAAAUAAGAAAAUUUGACGUAAUAUCCAAUAUCUGCUCACAAAUUGAAAGAAACGCUGCUUGGAUAGAAAGUUUCAUAUUUCUUUAUCCAAAUUAUCGAAUUGAUUUUGACCUCGUCGGAUCAUCUGAUGAUAUUUGCCAAGUUAGAUCUGGUAUUGACGUUCUUUUCAAAGGAUUUAAAGGAAUAAAUACUAAUUUUGAUAAAGUACUGCGAGACUUAAACAAAGCGGAAGGAGUUGACGAGUUUGAUAGGUGUCUAAAACUGUGGAUAGAGACAGGACAUCGACCUGAUUUUAUUUCAAAAAGCUCAAAUUUAUCAUCAGAACACUGGUGGUGGUUUUAA